AUGAGACACGAAAACACACAAAUUGACGGAAUCAAUCAAACAUUCAAACCCAACCCACCUAGUAGAUCCGCUCACCCAGAAACCUCUCGAAUGGAGGCAAGUGGCGGUGGUGGUGGCGGUGCUCCGUCGUCUGAGCCGGUCAAGCAAUAUUUGCAGGAGUUCUCCAAGCUGUUUCAGUACUAUCUGGACAAAUCUACCCCUCAUUCCGCGUACAGAUGGAUUGGGACAUUGGUCAUCGCAUCCAUCUACAUCUUGCGUAUUGUUUAUGUGCAGGGGUUUUACGUUGUCUCUUACGGCCUUGGAAUCUACCUUCUCAAUCUCUUGAUUGGUUUUCUCUCCCCUUUGGUUGAUCCAGAGAUCGAUCCCUCCAACUCCCCUUUGCUUCCCACCAAAGGAUCCGAUGAGUUCAAACCCUUCAUUCGCCGCCUCCCUGAGUUCAAGUUCUGGUAUUCUUUCACCAAGGCUCUCUGCAUAGCGUUUGUAAUGACCUUCUUUUCCCCGUUUGAUGUUCCUGUGUUUUGGCCUAUAUUACUCUGUUACUGGUUUGUUCUCUUUGUCCUUACAAUGAGGCGCCAAGUUGCACACAUGAUCAAAUACAAAUAUAUCCCAUUUAACUUGGGGAAGCAGAAGUAUGGCGGUAAGAAAUCUUCUGCAGGCAAAGUUAAUUUGUCGCUUUCGCUUUCUGUCUGCCCCAACCAUAUCGUUAAGGAUUAG